UCGGUUUAUAUGAUGAAAUCAAGAUUUGAGUUUUAGGGUUCUCUAGGGAAACUGCAUCUUUUCUCCGUCGUUUCCACAUCGGAACCACGUUUCGAGGCCACUGAAGAGCCGUCGAGAUCAAUAACGAUGGAAAUAAGAAACGGAAACAAAGAUAAAUCCGAAAGCUCGUCUCUUUCCUCAGAGAAAGCAACGCAAGAAUCGAAAGAGGAGCCUUGUGAGAUAUGUGGAAGUGUGGGCAUUGAUGGUUUGAUGAUGGUAUGUUUCAAUUGCAGACAUACUCGCGAGCAUACUUAUUGCGCAAGGGUGGCACUAUCACCUGUCCGUGACAUUUGGCUAUGUGAAGCGUGCCGGUUCCCAUCUCGCGUAUUGUUCAUAUCGCAUGUUGCUGAUGAUCUAAUGGAUACAGAAACCACUGUUGCUGAUCCAAAGAACACUAGCAACUCAAGAGUAGAUGAUCACCGGACUGCUAAAUUAAGAGCUAAUGAUAUGGAAGAAGUCGUAGAUACCCGCGAGGCAUCAACAAGAGUGAUGCAUCUACCUUCACAACCACAUACACGUCCACUAGCUAAAGAAACUUUGUCAUCUCAAAACAAGGAGCAGCAUCAACCAACUCAGGUCUUUCCUAAAAAACGCAGGACGAUUCGGGUGAUGGGCAAACACCAUUCACAGUCACAUGAUCGGACUCUGAUCUCUCCUCUGGAUCAAUCUUUUAACAGGAGUGCCUCACCAAAGUGAAAACCAAGAACGCUUCAGCUAAUGGGUACAGAAGCAAAGAUUAGUACAUAUAGGUCGCAUCUUCUGUAUAUACACUUUUCCAUUUGAUUGUGAUACAGUUGUAUUUUUCCUUGGAUCACAAGUUUCUCACCAAAAAAUGAGAUUGCACUUCUUUGAUUAUCAAUUUGAGCCACACUCAUGACAGCUUGU